AUGGCGCGCCCUCCUCCGCCGACAGCUCUCCUCUCCAAAACACCCGCCGGCGCAAACCUACACUUCAACCGCAAAAUCACCUCCGACCACCGCGCCUUCGGGGGCAUCUGGCCGCCUGCCGCCCUUGCGGGCCACGACGCCUCUCUCGCGCCCCUGAUCGCCGAGUCCCUCGCCUCCCUCCCGCCGCCGGCCGAUGACAACAAGACAAUCACCGUCUCGGGCGUACCCCGCCAAAAGCCCGACUUCAUAACCGUCACGCGCGGGCCCGGCAUGUCCUCCAACCUCGCCACAGGCCUCUCGACCGCAAAGGGUCUCGCGACGGCGUGGCAGGUGCCCCUCGUCGCCGUGAACCAUAUGCAAGCCCACGCCCUCACCCCACGGCUCGUUUCCGCCCUCAAGCAAGAUGCCGCCACCAGCACUGCUCUGCGCGGCCACCCGGAGUUCCCCUUCCUGACGCUGCUGGUAUCAGGAGGACAUACUCAGCUCGUGCACUCCCGCUCCCUGACAGACCACCGCAUCCUGGCCUCGACACAGGACGUCGCCGUCGGCGACGCCCUGGACAAGGCCGCCCGCCACAUCCUGCCCGCCGACAUGCUCGCCGCACACACGGACGUGAUGUACGGCGCUCUCCUCGAACGCUUCGCCUUCCCCGACUCCUUCCCGCCCGGCCAAUACCCCGAUUACGACUACGAAUACACCCCGCCAACAUACCGCCGCGACGAGAUUGCAACGUACGUCGCCCCGGCCCCAUACCACUGGCAACUCCACCCCCCACUGGCCGGGUCGCGCGACCUCUCAUACGCCUUUGCCGGGAUAGGCAGCGAGAUCCGCAGGAUCACAGAAGCGGGCGGCGUUGACAUGACUCUCGACGAGCGGAGGGUUCUCGCACGCGCUGCGAUGCGUCUGCUGUUCGAACACCUCGCCACCCGCGUGUUCCUCGUCCUCGCAGCGGAGCCGGAGCUUAAAGAUGCAUUGAAGACGUUGGUGGUGAGCGGUGGUGUCGCGAGCAACCGCUUCCUGAUGUACGUGUUGCGAAAGAUGCUCAAUGUUCGCGGGUUCGAGCAUGUGGAGGUCACGGCACCGCCGCCGGCGUUGUGUACGGACAACGCAGCCAUGAUUGCCUGGACUGGCGUGGAGAUGUACGAGGCCGGCUGGGAGAGUGAUCUGUCCGUGUCUGUGAUGAAGAAGUGGUCGAUUGAUGCGGCGAGCGACGAGGGCGGUAUCCUCGGCGUUCGCGGCUGGGUGAGAAGGGAUGGACAGAAGUCAUGA